AAUUGCGAAAAGAAAUUGGGGCAUGCGGCUGCUGUUUCCACAACUGUUGCAUGCAACAUGGAUGGCGAAAACCGGAUUAUACUCAAUGUGGGAGGCAUAAGAUAUGAAACGUACAAGGCAACGCUCAAGAAAAUACCCGCAACUCGCCUCUCGCGACUGACCGAGGCGCUGGCCAAUUAUGAUCCGGUACUUAACGAGUAUUUCUUCGAUCGGCAUCCGGGCGUCUUCACACAAAUACUCAACUAUUACAGAACUGGCAAACUGCACUAUCCAACAGAUGUCUGUGGACCACUAUUCGAAGAAGAAUUGGAAUUUUGGGGACUCGAUUCAAAUCAGGUAGAACCAUGCUGUUGGUCAACCUAUAGCAUACAUCGCGAUACGCAAAACACUUUAGCCAUAUUAGAUAAACUAGAUAUUGAAAAUGAAAAACCCACAGAGGAGCAAAUAGCGCGCCUAUUUGGUUUCGAGGAUGCUUUAACCAAUGGCGAGCUUAACUGCUGGCAACGUGUCAAACCCAAAAUCUGGGCCAUGUUCGAUGAGCCGUCAAGCUCAACGGGCGCCAAGAUUGUUGCCGGCAUGUCGGUUUUCUUUAUAUUUGUUUCUGUGAUAUCAUUCUGCCUGAAAACCCAUCCCGGUUUUCGUGUGGAUCUGCCCACCAGCCAUAGCGGCAGCGGCGGAGUUGCGCAUGCGCAUGGCCCCUUGGGCGGUGCGUUGCCCCAACAGCCGCCACAUCAGUCCCAUCAGUAUCAUCAGCACAGCAUAACGCCUCCGAGCGGCAGCAUAGGACCUACAUUUCGUGUAACGAACUAUACAAGCUAUAGCAGUGGAAAUUUCAGUGCUGCCCAGGCCACGCCCAUAGCCACAAUGAAGGGCAAUCAGAGGCAGCGACUGAGACGCGACCUAUUGGGGGAUCACAAUGCGAGUAGUCUGAAUGAUUUCAUCGACCAGAGCCUGCUGGGUAAUGGCAAUGGAAGGCGUCAGCAUGGCUGGAUCGAAACCUACGGCCAGCCACAUGAGGCCUUCUUCUAUGUGGAGCUCGUCUGCAAUGUGUGGUUCUUCAUAGAGGUCCUCAUUCGGCUUAUUGUGUCGCCCAAUCUGUGGCAGUUUAUCAAGUCACCGGUUAACAUAAUUGAUUUCACAGCCACACUGAGCUUCUACACGGACGUCAUGCAGCGAAUGGGCGAGUACACAGGACUGCUAGAAGCCUUCUCCAUAGUGCGCAUAAUGCGUUUGUUUAAGCUGACGCGCCACUCGCCCGGCCUCCGCAUUCUCAUACACACGUUCAAGGCCUCGGCCAAGGAGCUGACGCUGCUCGUGUUUUUCCUUGUCCUGGGCAUUGUGUUCUUUGCCAGCCUGGCUUACUAUGCUGAAAAGUUGCAGGACAAUCCUGACAACCAAUUCAAGAGCAUACCGCUCGGUCUUUGGUGGGCCAUUGUCACGAUGACCACAGUGGGGUAUGGCGAUGUGGCUCCCAAAACCUAUCCGGGCAUGUUUGUGGGCGCACUCUGCGCUCUCGCCGGUGUCCUGACCAUAGCACUGCCCGUACCUGUUAUCGUUAGCAACUUCUCCAUGUUCUAUUCGCACACGCAGGCGCGCUCGAAACUGCCCAAGAAACGUCGUCGCGUCCUGCCCGUCGAACAGCCGCGUCGAAAGCGCGAACUUCCCCCACCACAUCGUGGUCGCACCAACGCCAUCAAGCAGACCACGCCCCCCGUGCCCGGCGUGGCGACCACAAACACGGUCCAGACUCCCAUGUUCAAGGAUGCGUUUGGCAGCGCAAAAAUUGCGGACUAUUUGAGUGUGCCGCCGGUUCAGAGUUUGCAGCCCCGUGCGGCGACCACCGGACAUGACUUUAUGCUGCCAUUGCAGCCAAAACUUUUGGCUCCCCUAGAGCGAAAGGAUCAACAUCCAUUGCAAUUGACUGCACACAAUUUGGCCUCCGAUACCCAUCAGCUCUAUGGCGGCCAUCAUGGGCACAAAACCGGAGCUGGAACUGCAGUGCUGAGCGUGCCGCCGACGCUCAGCAUGACGCACACCCAAAUGCCACCGGGAAUGGCGAGCAUGGGGCAGAGGACACCGAAUCUAAGCUAUCGGGCUACGCAUGCGCCCAUCCAGCAGCCGAUUCCACAGUCGCAGCACAUGCAAAUGGAGAGGGGGGGAGGUGGUAAUUGUAAUAUAAAAAUAUCAGUAGCGGGCAUCGGAUGUACGGAUGAGUUGAAGGCGACGCCCAAGGUGACGCUGUUGGAUGAUUUGAGUGACGAGAUAAAUUCGUCAACAGAUGAUUGCGGGGAUUGUUGUCUGGUCGAAGACAGCGACACCUAUGAGGCCACAGGCCUGGCUACUAAUGGCCACAAUCAGUGCCAUGUAGACGAGGAUGGUGAUGAUGAUGACGAAGGCGAUUUGGGAGACGAGAACGGCGCGGGCUUAGAUAGCGGCGAUAGCUUGGGUGGAAUUUACAUAGGUCCUGGUCAUUGAUUGCCAGCCAUUAAAUGGGAUUUUCCAUUUUAGGGGGUUCAGCCAUAGGAUACAUACGCGUAUAGUAUAUAGAUGUUAUAUCAGUGUUGUGUGAACUGUCAGUUGUGCUGCUCAAGAAAUUACCAAUUUACAAAUGCACUCUAAAAUAAUUGGCAUCAUAAUUAGCCGCUUAUCGCAUCAGUGCUGCCAA